AUGACAUCUUCAACAAGACAAAAUGCACCCUCGGCUGGUGCAACUACAUCAUCUACAAGUCAAACUACUUCUUCAACUACCACCUCAUCAAACCAAACAGUUUCUGCUAAUGUCACUAGUGGGACUGAAUCUGUUGGGACCUCAACAACACCUUCUACUAGCCAGGCUGCCUCGUCAACUGGCGCAUCAUCAAACCAAACAGUUACUGCUAUUGGCCAAAUUACAACUACGGCUAGUGCAACUACAUCAUUUACAAGUCAAACAACUUCUUCAACUACCACCUCAUCAAACAAAACAGUUUCUACUAAUGGCCAAACUAUAUCUACUAAUAUGCCAUCUCCAACAAGCCAGAAUACAACAUCUGUUGCUUCCUCAACUUCGACUACUAGCCUAACAUCCUCAUCAGUAAACCAACAGCCACCUGCUACAAGCCCAGCAACUACGGGUCUCCACGAAUGA